AAGGCGGCGGAGGGGGCGGGCGCGGCGGCGGCAGCGCGGAGCGGAGCCGAAAGUGCCACGAUGACGGCGAACGGAACGGCGGAACCGGUGCAGAUCCAGUUCGGGCUGAUCAACUGCGGCAACAAGUACCUGACGGCGGAGGCGUUCGGCUUCAAGGUGAACGCGUCGGCCGCCAGCAUGAAGAAGAAGCAGAUCUGGACGCUGGAGCAGGACGGGGAGGAUUCCAGCGCGGUGCUGCUCAAGAGCCACCUGGGCCGUUACCUGGCGGCCGACAAGGACGGCCGGGUGAGCUGCGACAGCGAGGAGCCGGGACCCGACUGCCGCUUCCUGGUGGUGGCCCACGGCGACGGGCGGUGGUCGCUGCAGUCCGAGCCGCACCGCCGCUUCUUCGGCGGCACCGAGGACCGGCUGUCGUGCUUCGCCCCGUCCGUGUCCCCCGCCGAGAAGUGGAGCGUGCACCUGGCCAUGCACCCCCAGGCCAACCUCUACAGCCUGGCCCGUAAGCGCUACGCUCACCUGGGGCCGCGCCGCGACGAGCUGGCCGUGGACCGCGACGUGCCGUGGGGAGUGGACGCGCUCAUCACGCUGCUCUUCGUGGAUCAGCGCUACAGCCUGCAGAGCUGCGACCACCGCCUGCUGCGGGCCGACGGCCGCCUGGUGCCCGACGCCGAGCCCGGCACCGCCUUCACGCUGGAGUUCCGCUGCGGGAAAGUGGCGUUCCGCGACGGGGAGGGCCGCUACCUGGCGCCGUCGGGGCCCAGCGGGACGCUGAAGGCGGGGAAGAGCAAUAAGGUGGGGAAGGACGAGCUGUUCGCGUUGGAGCAGAGCUGCCCGCAGGUCGUGCUGCGCGCUGGGAACGACCGCAAUGUGUCCACCCGGCAAGGGAUGGACCUGUCGGCCAACCAGGAUGAGGAGGGCGACCAGGAGACCUACCAGCUGGAGAUCAACAAGGACACCAAGAAAUGUGCCUUCCGCACCUACACGGGCAAGUACUGGACCCUCACCUCCAACGGGGGCAUCCAGUCCACCGCCUCCACAAAGAACGCCAGCUGCUACUUCGACAUCGAGUGGUGUGACAAGCGCAUCACCCUGCGGGCCGCCAAUGGCAAAUAUGUGACAGCAAAGAAGAACGGGCAGCUGGCAGCUUCCAUGGAGACAGCAGGUGAGACGGAGCACUUUGUGAUGAAGCUGAUCAACAGACCCAUCAUUGUGCUGCGUGGUGAGCACGGCUUCAUCGGCUGCCGGAAGGUGACCGGCACCCUGGACUCCAACCGCUCCUCCUAUGACGUCUUCCAGUUGGAGUUCAACGACGGAGCCUACAACAUCAAGGAUACCACUGGGAAGUACUGGAUGGUGGGCAGCGAGUCGUCCGUCACCAGCAGCAGCGAUACACCCGUGGACUUCUUUUUUGAGUUCUGCGACUAUAACAAAGUGGCCAUCAAAAUCAAUGGCAAAUACCUGAAGGGUGACCACGCUGGGGUCCUCAAGGCAUCCGCCGACACCAUCGACGCCUCCACCCUCUGGGAAUAUUGAUGCACUUUAGCGUUACCUCCCAUUGCCAACCUCUCUUUCCCCCUGUCUGUUUGGUUGGGUUGGGGUUUUUUUGGGGGUUUGGUUCUUUUUUUGGUUUAAUUUCUCCUCUCUGUGCAAGGAUUUCCAGCCUGGCUCGCCCUCCCCAUAGAGCCCAGUGCGUGGUGUUGGAGGUGGAUGCCCCCAGGGGCUGUUGUGCCCACUCUGGCUCUGAGCAUCACCCCAGUCCUUCUAUUUUCCCUUCCCCUAUUGGAAAACAAACAAGAAGGAAUAACUGCCCCACAUUGGUGAUAAGAGGACGGGGUGGGGGCACACAGCUCCCAUUCCCUCCCCAUUGCUGGGCAUGGGCACCAGCUGGCAGCAAACCUGCAGCUGUCCGUAUGCAGAACAAAUUCCUUCACAAACGUUGCACAGUGAGAUCUGCUCAGUACUUAUUUUGGGUUUUUUUGGGGGUUUGGGUUUAUUUUUUUCCUUAUUGAAUACUGGAACAGUGAUGCCAAUCACUGAGUGCCCAUUGCCGGGCUGGGAGGCUCCUGUGGGUUCCUCCCAGGCUGCGGCCAUGUGCCACCUCCUGACUGGAAACAGCAAGAAAGAUUAAUGACCAAAACAGUAUUUUUGUUAGUCCGUAUUUAUGUACGCUGUCGGCAGCACUGUGCUCUGUGCUCAUGGAACGAUGCUGGCGAUGCCCAGCUGUUCCUUAAGGUGUUGGGGCACUUCAUCCUUCGGGCUCCCUGCAGACACCGCAGCCUUCCACCCCCAGCUCCAACCCGAGGGCUGUGGCGGUGCCACCGCUGUGCCAUAACCCGGGGCUCUGCAGCCUUAAAGCUCUGCCAUCCCUCCAACCAGGGCUCGGUGCUACGCUCCCACCGCCCCAUCCCCAGCACGGGGACACCGCCUCGGCUCCAGCACCCGCUGCCUCCCAAGGAAGAAGUGUCCUGAUGGAGCCCGGGUGGCCCCUCACCCUGGCGCACACUUUGCUGCCUUGUCACCCACUGUGUCUCCUUUGUCCUCCCCCCCCACCCCGCUCUGUGUGACUUUAGGUCCUCACCUCCCGUCUCCUGUUGUGACCCUCCGUAAGCAUCUCACUCUGAAGUUUAAUUCCACGGGGGGUUUUGUUCGUUUUGGGGGUGUUGGUUUUAGAACUUCUUGUUGUUUUUUUUUUUUUCCUAAUUAUUAUUAUUAUUUUUUUUUGUAAGUGCCAUUUGUAUAACUUAAACAACAACAAAUAGCUACAAACUGGAGAAAAGUGAAUAAUAAAAAGAAGCAAGAGCUGCAUUCGGA